AGUCAUAAUUCAUCGAGGAAGCUAUUUUCCUUGCCUAGCUAGCCAGGCGCACGAGCUGGCGGCAGGUCAUGAAGGGCGCCAUCGUUCUCCUCGGUCUUGUUGUGGUGGGGGCGCUUGUUGGUGCGGUCGCCGCCAGCGCUGGGGUGGUGCGGCGGCCGGUGGUGCCGGCGAUGUUCGUGCUUGGGGACUCAACGCUGGACGUGGGCAACAACAACCACCUGCCGGGGAAGGACGUGCCCAGGGCCAACCAGCCUUUCUACGGCGUCGACUUCCCCGGCCGCGCCAUUGCCACCGGACGUUUCAGCAACGGCUACAACAUCGCCGACUUCAUCGCAAAGUACCUGGGGUUCGAGAAGAGCCCUCUGGCCUAUCUGGUACUUAAAUCACGCAACUAUCUCAUCCCUAGCGCUCUCACGAGAGGUGUGAGCUACGCUUCAGCUGGAGCUGGGAUCCUCGACUCCACUAGUGCCGAGAUCAGCAUCCCAUUGUCGAAGCAGGUACGCUACUUUGCGGCGACCAAGGCUGAGAUGGAAGCCGCAGUUGGCAGAGGCAACGUGUCCAGGCUCCUCGCUCACUCCUUCUUCCUCCUCGGCGUUGGCAGCAACGACCUGUUCCAGUCCACGGCGACCACCCAGGGCGAUGUCAUUGCGCUCUACACUGCUCUCAUCUCCAACUACACGGCAGCGAUCACUGAUUUGUAUGGGAUGGGGGCGAGGAAGUUCGGGUUCAUCGGUGUCAGCCCGCUGGGCUGCGUGCCAGCGGUGCGCGUGCUCAAUGCGACGGGGGCAUGUAACGAUGCCAUGAACCAGAUCGCCAUGGGAUUCACCGCCACGCUUAAGUCUGCACUCGCCGGCCUCGCCCCGAAGCUCCCAGGCCUCGUCUACUCCCUCGGCGACUCCUUCGCUGCCUUGGAGACAACCUUCUCCAACCCGCAAGCAGCUGGGUACGAGAACGCGGACAGCGCGUGCUGCGGGAGCGGGAGGCUGGGCGCGGAGGGCGGCUACUGCACGCGGAACUCCAAGCUGUGCACCGACCACGACGCCUAUGUGUACUGGGACUGGAUCCACUCCACGCAGCGGGCUGCCGAGCUGGGUGCCCAGGCGCUCUUCAAUGAGGGCCCGGCCCAGGUCACCGCACCCAUCAGCUUCGGGCAAUUGGCCCACGAGAGAUAACGGCACACUCUCUUGACACGUUGUAGCUGUAACAUUUUUGUGUUGGAAUAGUGUAGCUGUAAUCUUGUUGUUCUGAAUCGCAUUAAGCUUCGAAGCUCCUCGAAGAAAAGCAAUAAGCUGGGAUGAAUCUUCUCAUUACACGUUGCUUCAUUGUAUUUGGAUUUAGUUUGUAACCAAUGCUUGGUUCAUUUU